UGCCAUGAGCGUGGCGCUGCGAAACGCGCAGCGCGCCGUGCCCGUGCGCCGGGCCCCACUCCGCCGCGCCGUGUGUGCCUUGCGCGCCGCCCUGGGAGCUUCCCGCUUCGACGUAGGGCUAGUCUGCGCCAGCAACGCGUUGAUGCAGCGACUGAACGGCGUCUACCGACACUGCCCGGAGCCCACCGACGUCCUCUCUUUCCCAUUCCACCAAGUGGAGGCGGGGGACCUGCCGCGGCCCUGUUGCCGCGGCGAGUACAACCUGGGCGACAUCUUCCUGGGAGUGGAAUACAUCCACCAGCAGUGCUGCGAAACCGGGGAGGAUUUUGACGAUGUCCUGACGGUGACGGCGGCCCACGGAUUGUGCCACCUGCUCGGCUACCGGCACGACACGAAACCCGAGUGGCAGCAGAUACCUUUUAUAUGAUGUAAACCCCCCUGAAGGGUUCAACCUUCGCAGAGAUGUCUACGUUCGCAUUGCUUCCCUUCUAAAGACCCUGCGGAAAA